AUGGCACCGAUGCUGUCGCUCGAGGCGGUGCUUGCGGAGGGUCCGGCUGCGGCGGGCGCUUUCGGCGCUGUCUCGGCCGCUUGCGCCGCCGGCGUCAGCAGCAAAGCGUUGCCGACGCUGGUCGCGGCGGCGGCCCGCGGGGCGGUGCAAGGGGCAUCCGCCCUAGCGGGCGCUGGCGAUGGCGGCGGAUGUGUCGGUGACGGGGGCAGCCUGCUCGGCCACUUGGAGGAGGCCCUGCACGUGCUUGGCAGGGCGGCGGGCUGUGACACUAAGCCGACGGUGGCGGCCGCCAAGGAGCUCCUCAGGUUGAAGGGGCCCCAGGGCUCACGCCUCGCUUCGAGGCUCGGGAAGCUGAGCAAGGCCAGGAACGUCGCGGGGCACCCCGAUGUGAGCCUCAUCGACGACGUGCGGACCCUCUUCGGCGGCGCCCCGCAGCUGGUGGCCACGACCGAGGAGACGAUGAUGGACGAACUCGUCCAGAAGCAGGCGACCGAGGAGAAGCCCAUCGACCCUGGAGUGGACGGGGUGCACGACGCGAACAUGCAGAAGGGCGAGCUCUACAGGCAGGCGCUUGCGGACAUCGAAACCAAGCUCCAGCGCAUCGAACGGCAGCUGGAGUGCUUGAGCGCGAAGCUCGAGCAGAAGCAGGACACCACGGCCGUCGGCGACAAGCAGGCGCGGGUGGACAGUAAGACGGUCUCUGCCGCCAAUGACGCGAAGACGUCCGAGGCGGAGGCUGGCGAGUCGACCACCAGCGAGGCCACGGAGACCAACAGCGACACCAAGCUCCAGUGCAUUGACAGGCAGCUGGAGUGCUUGAGCGCGAAGCUCGAGCAGAUGCAGGACACCAAGGGCGUCGGCGAGAAGCAGGCGCAGGUGGACAGCGAGACGGCCUCUGCCGCCAGCGACGCGAAGACGUCCGAGGCGGAGGCUUGCGAGUCGACUACCAGCGAGGCCAUGGAGACCAACAUCGACCCUGAGGGGCAAGAGAUCAGCGGCACGGACGACCAGCUUGAAGACAGGAUCAGAGAGCUCCUGCAGGAGCUCCGCUCCACGAUGGGCUCGGCGGAGUACACGAUGUUCCUACAGAAGGUGAACACGACGUCGCAGAGAGCGAUGCUCGAAGACCUCAUGCACGCGAUCAGCAUGAGGGCACCCAGCAAGGUCGCGGCUGCCCUGGCCGAGCUGGCGGAGGCGACGCCGCUCAUGGCGUGGGAGCAGCUGCGCGCCGAGUUCCACAUACAGUCCGAGAUUUGGAACACCCAGGCGAUGCUGGCGGCUUCCACCGGCAGAGGACCUGGACCCGUGGACGAGGCGAGGACGGAGAUAGAGGGCGCCAUGGACAGGGCGGCCGAGAGCCCGGAAGGCGCAGUGCUGCUGCUGGAGAUGGCGCUGCAGAACGCCGUGGACCGGCGCCUGGAGCUCUGCGCCGGGGUGCUCACGGCCGCCGACCGGCUGAUGGACGUCGGGCGCAUCGCGGAGAGCCGCAGGGCGCUGGCGAAGAGGCUUGAGGCCGCCGCGCCCCCGCGCCGCGGGAGCGCGGAGGCCGCCGAGGCCGCCCGGCUGCUGGAGGCAACGGAGAGGUCUCUGGAGACCUUCUUCCCGAGCUUCCAGGGACCUUCGGCAGUGUUCCUGAGCAGGUUCCGGGUUCCGGCUGUCGGCGCGGCUCAGGACACGGGGGUCGAGCUCUCGGAGCGCUCGUCAUGGGCAACCCGCGGGGUGGCGCGGUGGACCGGCGAGUGCAGCUCUGACCUCGCGGCGACGGGGGGAGCGCCCAUGGCGCGGCGGGGGCGCCCCCGGGCCCUCGCCGCGGCGCUCGCCGCCGCGCUCGCCGCGUGGGCGGCGCUUUCCCGGCGGGGCGCGGCGCCGCUGCUCUUCGCGGGCGGGCGCGCGGCCGCCGCCCCCGCGCGGGGGCGGAGGGCCGGCCACAGGACAGCCGCCAGGGCGCAGCCCCAGGCGCUGCAGUCGCGGGCCACCCUGGGGCUCAUCAAGGCGCAGUACAAGGCCGGCAACCGCAUGAAGGAGCUGGGGAGGCGCCUCCAGGCGGCGGAGUUCGACGCCUCGGCCCUCGGCGGGGCUGUCAAGGUGAAGUUCGACGGGAUGCAGAAGCUCUCAUCUGUCGAGCUCUCCGACACCGCCUUAGAGGCCGCCAGCGGAGACCGCGGCAAGCUGUCCGAGGCGCUCCUGGGCGCCCUGCAGGAGGCCUACGACAGCAGCGCGCGGGCAACCAAGGGCGACGUCUGGGAGCUCUACCAGCAGCACAGCGAGCUCCUUCAGGCUCCCCUCAACCAGAUCGGCGCGGGCGACACCGUGGUGGACCUGUGGGCGAACGUCGUCAAGACGGAGGAGUCGGAAAGGCUGGCAAGUGAGCUCUUCGAGAAGUUCGACGAGGACAAGGACGGGUCCUGGAACCUGAUCGAGACGUCUAGGGUGCAGAUGGCGACCGAGGGCACCGAGAUGACCGAGGAGGCGUUCAAUUCGCUCAUCAUCGCGGCCGCGCCCGAUGGAGGGCGGAAUCUCACCGAGGAGGAGCUCGCGAAGGGCCUGUCCAGGACGCAGGUCAUUGAGCUGUACACGGACGCCGAGCGUCAGAGGCUGUGGCCGCGAGCCCACCUCGCACGGACAGCGCCAGCUGUAAACAUGGCGGCGGCUCGCGAGAAGGAGGUCUACUUCGCGAAGCUCGCGGAGCAGGCGGAGCGCUACGACGAGAUGGCGACCCACAUGGAGGCAGUGGGGAAGUCGGGGGACGAGUUGUCGGUUGAAGAGCGCAAUCUCUUGUCAGUGGCCUACAAGAACGCCGUGGGUUCGCGCCGCGCGGCGUGGCGCAUCAUCACUAGCGUGGAGCAGAAAGAGCUCAGCAGGGGCAACGAUGAGAACGCACAGUGGGCGAAGGAGUAUUGUAAGAAGGUGGAAACUGAGCUCGAUUCCAUCUGUAAGCAGAUCCUUGCUCUGUUGGACGACGGCCUGAUCGGGAAGGCAACGACAGUCGAGUCCAAGGUAUUUUACCAGAAGAUGAAGGCCGACUACUAUCGCUACAUUGCCGAAUACACCACCGACGAUGUCAAGACAAAGGCUUCGAAUGACGCCCAAUCUGCCUAUCAGGAAGCGCAAGCGGUGGCAACCAAGGACUUGGCAGCGACACAUCCGAUCCGCCUCGGUCUUGUUCUGAACUACUCAGUGUUCCUAUACGAGGUGGUUGGGAAUCCGGACGAGGCGUGCAAGAUGGCGCGCAUCGCUUUCGAGGACGCGAUCGCCGAGCUUGACAACGUCGGGGAGGACUCGUACAAGGACUCCACCCUAAUCAUGCAGCUGAUUCGCGACAAUCUGACGCUCUGGACCUCGGACCAGGAGGACAGAGAGCCGUGA